AUGGUCAAUCUGGCCCAGAAAUACCGGGAAAAUGGCGUGGAGAUGUUCAAAAAAUACCCAAUAUUCGCGCAAGAUUACUUCAAUCGAGCUGCGAAGUGUGUCCUAUCGCUAGGACCUCUUCAAUCUGAGAGUCAAGAGCCGCCGCUGGAAGAUGUUUCGCCUGAAGAGCUCCAGAAACUGCUGGAAAGUGUCUAUAACAACAUCUCUGCGUGUUUGCUGAAGCAGGAGAGAUUCGAAGAGGUGCUGUAUCUUAUGGAGUUCACUAAGAGGGAGGAUGACGUGCCCGAGAAGGCGAUCUACAGGAAAGCUCUCGCUCACAAUGGUCUCAGACAGCAUGCAGAAGCGAAAACGGAACUGGAGAGACUUAAUUACAAGGAGAACAAGGAAAUCUUGGCUCUGUGGAAUAAGAAUCAAGCCGAGUGGCAAGUGGAGGAGAACAAGUAUGCUCAGAUGGUGCAGAAAAUGUUUGCAAAGUAG